CGCACACCCUCGCCCUCACUCGGAUAAGAUUGACAACUGCAGCUACCAGUUUAUUUUGACCCUGAAUGACUUGCACUAAGUCCAUGGAGGAUAGUUGAUGACUGUGGAGGUGCAUUUACCAUGGGGGCAAUUGGAGGGGGGGUGUUCCAGUCAGUUAAAGGCUUUCGGAACGCACCUGUGGGUGUACGACACAGGCUAAGAGGGAGCGCAAAUGCUGUGAGAGUAAGAGCACCACAAAUUGGAGGUAGUUUUGCUGUGUGGGGUGGACUCUUUUCCACCAUAGACUGUGGUCUUGUGCGUUUACGGGGUAAGGAAGACCCUUGGAACUCCAUCACCAGUGGAGCCAUGACUGGAGCUAUACUGGCAGCACGCAGUGGUCCACUAGCCAUGGUGGGCUCUGCGAUGAUGGGGGGAAUUCUGCUUGCACUAAUCGAGGGCUUUGGGAUACUUCUUACUAGAUAUACAGCACAGCAGUUUCAGAAUCCGAGUCCCUUUGUGGAGGACCCGAGUCAGCUUCCUCCGAAAGAAGGCCAAGAGACACGUGGUUAUGGACAGUAUCAGUAAAACCACUGUUUUGCAGUGGAUACUGUAAUAUUAUAGACUGUGAAUAAGAGAGGAUCAUCAUAGUUUACACAGUACCCUCCAGAGACAGGGGGUACUCCUGAAUUCUCUUUAUCCUCUAUAGUAUUGUUGGGAUGCUGUAUUUUUAAGGCCAAAACUUGGAAACUGGUUCCAUCGUCCUAAAGUCAAUGGUGUUGGUUAAAUGCUUGAAAUAAGGUCUGUGAUGAACACAAACUCAAAAUGUAAAACCCCUUUUAUUCUAUGAUAUAAAAUAUAUCAGCAAUAUAAUCUUGUGAUUUCUCUUUUAAGCUUUUACUUGCUAACAAGUGGCUAAGUGGGACUACAGAGGUUGUCAGGGACAUUAAAGAGGUAAACUCAUCUUUUCACUAGUCCACUUAUUGCGUUUAUAAUAGUGCUCAUACAAACUAUUAUAACUUUCAGGGAAAAUGUUUAUAACCAAAGACCAAAGUUGUCAGAAGCUUAUUGUGAUGCUGAAUUCAUGCGACCAUGGUGUAGUUCUAUUAUAGCCUACAGUUUGCUUUUGACUUCUGCCGAUUGUUUUUACGCUUCAAAAUCCAUAAAAGUUGUGUUCAUUCGUGAAUAUUUUCAUGAUAUGAUAAGCUUUUGUUUUUCAAAGACCUUAUUUUCUGCAAUAAUUCAAUGGAAAAAUCAUAUUGGGUUUUUGAAGAUGAUGCUAACUUCCAGGUUGUCCUAAAAAAUAUGUCAACCCUGCACCACUAUUAGAUGGCCACUCAGGGGAAAGCAGCAUGUAAUUUGUAUUAUGUUUGAAUUGUAAUAUAUUUGUA